AAAUAAAUAUGAAUGAGGAGGCUGAGCUCUAAGCAGCAUGCAACCUGGUCUGUAUCCAGGAAAUAGAGGACUUUGGAUCCUUCUAACCCUGCCACCCAACUGGCCCCAGUGCAUUUGCUUUCUCCGGAAAACAAAGUUUUCCACAGCAAAGGAAAGGGAAUAGGAACAAGAGAUACGUGGUUUCUGGCAGAGGAAGCAUGAAUUCGAUGGCUUCAGCAGUUCCAGUGGCCAAUUCUGUGUUCGUGGUAACACCCCACAGUGGUUAUCCUGUGGCCCCAGGAGUGUCUCAGGUGCCCUCAUAUCCAAACAAUCAGCCGCAAUUCCGCCUGGUUGCUGGGAACCCUGGUUUGGUGUCGAAUGUGAAUGUGCAGCCUGUGCAGAAAGUUUUGAAAGAAGGCAAAACCCUGGGGGCCAUCCAGAUCAUCAUUGGCCUGGUUCACAUCAGCCUCGGCUCCACCCUGGCGACAUUGCUCCUAGGGCAGUACGUGUCUAUUUCAUUCUACGGAGGCUACCCCUUCUGGGGAGGCAUAUGGUUUAUCAUUUCAGGAUCCCUCUCCGUGGCAGCAGAAAACCAGCCGUCUUCUUACUGCCUGCUGUCUGGCAGUUUGGGCUUGAACAUUGUCAGUGCAAUCUCCUCCGCAGUUGGAGUCUUACUCUUAAUCGCAGAUCUAAGCAUUCCCCACCCAGAUGACAACCCCAACUAUUAUCCUUACGCCUGGGGCGUGAACCCUGGAAUAGCGAUCUCCAGCGUGCUCCUGAUCUUCUCUUUCCUGGAGUUAGCCAUUGCAUGCACAUCUUCCCACUUUGGCUGCCAGUUGCUCUGCUGUCAACCAAGCAAUGUGGGACAGGUGAGUGUCAUCUAUCCAAACGUCAAUGCAGCAAACCCAGUGGUCACCCCAGAACCAGCGAUGUCACCCCCACCACCAAGCUAUUCCAGUGCGUUGCAAGCAAACAAGUAAAGCUACAGAUUCUGGAAGCAUCUUUCACUGGGACCAAAAGAAGUCCUUCUCCCUUUCUGGGCUUCCAUAACCCAGGUCGCUCCUGUUCUGACAGCUGAGAAAAUGUCUCCACGACUGUUUAUACUCUCAACAUUAUUCUUCAAUUCAGCCUAGAAAAUCAUGUUGUUUCUCUAUGAAGAAGAAGGGAUUUCAAAUGGAUGUUAACGAGGAGGCCCUCCCUAGGGCACAUACAUCUGCACGCAUACGGGCAUCCAGCCUGCAGCCUUGGCACACACACAUUCAUGUGCUCUGCUGUAUGUGAGCUCGUGGGUUAGAGAAACACAUAUCUAGACAUUCAAUCUUCUCUUUCAAUUGUGCAUUCAUUGAAUAAAUAGAUAUUGAGCAUUCAA